AUGAGGUUGUCGACUUGUUUCAAUUUUUUUCUCAUCGAUUCCUUCAAUGGUUUGUCUUUUAAUUUUCCACGGCUUGCCUUGCCACUCUGGCCUCAGCCGUGGGUUCGCCCUUUCCCCUCUCCCACACACGCCCUCGUUCCCUCCGUCAACUACUCCAAAAACAACAAUAACUUCACAGCUCCACCUUCAGAAGAUAAAAAUGAAAACGAUUCUUCAGAAAAAGUGUCUUUAGCCGCAGCCACGGGGAAAUUUUUUUUGGGAAUUGCAUCGAGAUUCAUCAAGAGCAGUCCGGGUUAUGAAGAUUCAACAAUCCCUGAUUCUCGCAGAUCCAGGAAGAGGGAGAGGAUUGGGGCAGUGAUGGAGAAUGAGAUAGAACCAGAUGUGAUAUGGGAACAAAGAGUCAAGGAUAUUGAAGCCGAGAAAGAAGGAAGAGUGAUUACAAGCCCUGGGUUUAGCUUUUCUGGUGGUGGCUUCUUGCUUCCUUACCAUCUUGGAGUUGCCCAGUUUCUCAUUGAAAAGGGUUACAUAAAGGAGACAACACCCUUGGCUGGUACAUCUGCUGGUGCCAUAGUAUCCGCGGUGAUUGCUUCUGGAGCUACAAUGGAUGAAGCCCUAAAAGUUGGUAAAAUCCUGGGUAAUGAUUGCCGGCUUAAUGGGACUGCAUUCCGUCUUGGGGCUGCUCUUCGAGAUCUUCUUGCUGAGCAUCUACCUGAUGACACUCAUACCAAGUCCAAUGGGAGGGUUCGUGUUGCUAUAACUCAGAUACUGUGGAGGCCUAGGGGUUUACUUGUGGAUCAAUUUGAUUCUAAAGAAGAUCUAAUCAAUGCAGUGGUUGCGUCUUCCUUCAUUCCCGGGUAUGCUGCUCCUCGCCCAGCAACAAUUUUUCGGAAUCGUCUAUGCGUUGAUGGGGGUUUGACAUUAUUUAUGCCCCCAACAUCUGCUUCUAAAACGGUCCGAGUUUGUGCUUUUCCAGCCAGUUGGUUCAGAUUGCAAGGAAUCGAGAUUAGUCCAGACUGCAACCCUGAGAACAGGGCUACCAGAAGAGAGCUUUUGAAAUGGGCUAGGGAGCCGGGAGAAGAUGAAAUUUUUGAUAGGCUCUUUCAGAUGGGAUAUCUUGAUGCAGCUGUAUGGGGAGAGCAGAACCCAGUCGAGGUCAUUGUUGCCGAUGAAAGUCCCCUCGUCGAGAAUGGUUCUGAAAAGUAAAUGCUUACAUGGUCCUUAAUGUGUAUGGAUUAUGUAUAGCAUCUCAGGGGUAUCUCACAACCCCGGAAAUUAUGAGAGUCGAAUCUUGUUUGGGGCGAUCGAUCAAGCAUGGCUAAAAGCCGAUAUUAAGCGAUUUUAUAAGGUAUGAAAUUUUGAAACGACCAUAAGAUGUCGUAGGUACUUUAAGUGGCAAAGAAAGGAAUUGGAAUGUAGUAAUUAGGAUCUGAAUAUAAAUUUAUUCAUCCCAA